GCCAAGCCUUCAGCACCAGUGUGCUCAGUGUGCAACAACUGUACGCGUCGUGGACAAAUAAAAAAUAAAAUAAGCAAGUGAAAAGGAACCAAGUAAAAGCUGAAACAUAACAGUCUGAUUCUCGGAAUGGCGCCUGGAAGCCUGGAAUGUUUUAGCUUUUCAUAACUCGGAAAAAGUAAUUAAACUCUGUGCGUAUGGUGGAUCUUAUCUCGGUCAUUGCGAGGACAGCAUCAUUAAGAAAGAUUUUUUAUUUUUUAUUUUGCACGAAUACCAUUGUCUUCGAGAGUGUUCGAUUAUAGUAAUUAAAAAAAUCAAAUUAUGUCAUGGGGGACCUGACGCGGCUGAUGGAAUUGCUACAAUUGCACCUUUUCAAUUUGCAGUACUUUCAACUUUUAGCACUUGUGAGCUGUUGCAUGGAUGUACAAGGAAAAUGAGGCUUAAAGAAAACAAAAUGCGUGCAGAAUGAAUGGAACCCAACUGACUCUUACCUCGCAGGGGCAGAACUACUCAGAGAAUGCAAAUGGAACGAGCGCAGCUAGACCCCCUCCUCACUUCCAAACUGCCGCGGUAUUCAUUAUUCUGGUGGUCAUCGUGAUCAUCGUAGUGACCAUCGUGGGGAAUGUGCUGGUCGUGGUGGCCGUCUUCACCAGCAGGGCGCUCCGGGCGCCUCAGAACCUAUUUUUGGUUUCCCUGGCGUCCGCAGACAUCCUCGUGGCCACGCUGGUCAUUCCUUUCUCCCUUGCCAACGAAAUCAUGGGAUACUGGUACUUCGGGAGCACAUGGUGCGCUUUGUACCUCGCUCUGGAUGUUCUAUUUUGCACUUCCUCCAUUGUCCACCUCUGUGCCAUCAGCCUGGACAGGUAUUGGUCUGUGACAAAAGCGGUGAGCUAUAACUUAAAAAGAACGCCCAGACGAAUCAAGGCGAUGAUCGCAGUGGUGUGGGUCAUAUCAGCAGUUAUCUCUUUUCCGCCUCUGGUUAUGACUAAACAUGAUGAGUGGGAAUGUUUGCUCAAUAACGAGACCUGGUACAUUCUUUCCUCAUGCUUGGUCUCAUUCUUUGCCCCGUGUGUAAUAAUGAUUCUGGUGUACUGUAAAAUAUACAGGGUGGCCAAACAGCGCGCUGCGACAGUGUUUGUGGCCAGAAACGGGCUGGAGAGACAGCCAUCUCAGUCUGAAACUUGUUUCGUGCGAAAGAACAAGUCAGACAUGGAGAGCCCGAGCAGCCACAGUUCAGGCAGCAAUCACCGACAAGAGGAACUGGACGACAUCGAUCUGGAGGAGAGCAUACCCUCCGACAACAAAAUUGGGAACUCUCGGUUCUCCAAAAGGAACCAAACGGAGGGCGCCAAUUACUGCGCCAAACGGACCUGUCGCCUUUCCUGGGCUUCCAGUCGGGCAUCACAACUCUUUCAGGAACAAAUUACGAAACGACAACAGUCAAUUUCCAGGUCUAAAGUGGCGCAGAUGAGGGAGAAGCGUUUCACUUUCGUUCUCGCGGUUGUGAUGGGGGUCUUCGUGCUCUGUUGGUUCCCGUUCUUCUUCACUUACAGUCUGCAUGCCAUAUGUAGGGAAAAUUGCACAAUCCCAGACGCGUUAUUCAACCUUUUCUUUUGGAUUGGUUACUGUAACAGCUCAGUAAAUCCCAUAAUUUACACAAUUUUCAACAGGGAUUUUCGAAAAGCAUUUAAGAAAAUCCUAUGCAGGACUGGGAGACGCGCAUGAGUUAAUUUUGUGCUUCGGGUUCGAUUCCUACUUAGUUGUGUCAGUUGUUAUUUCCAUUCAUCUGUACAUUUAGGUAUGUAAAUAAGUUUGAAAUUAUAUGCAUUUAAAUGUAUGCGCAAUUCAUGUUUUGCACGCCUAAACGGUGACGCUGUUGAAAUUAUACAGCUAGUUAAUGUUUAGUAUGGCAUUGUGAAAAUGGUGCGUUUUUACAGUCUACAUGUUUACCGUAGGACAUUAAAGGAUUUUAAAGCAAAGUUACAGUAGGCCGAUCUUAACGAUUAAAAAGUGUGCAGUAAACAUAACCUCGUUUAUUUCUCACCUCGCGACUGAUGUUCCAUACAAAAAUCAAACUGCGGCGUGAAUUUUUAAAAAAUCACGAUCAGUGAUUAAAUGGCCGUUUUACUGGUGCGAUACAUAACGAUACAGAACGAUCUAGUUGUACGUGAAUUAAAAGGGAUCGUGGUUUAACAUUGUGUAGCUAUCCCAUAACCCUUUUUGUAUGCAAUUAUGUAAGUUUCACUGAAUAAGAGAGCCCAAGAAAUGUGUAUCAUUUUCGUAUAUCGGAAGUAAGUUGAAAAAUAAGUUUUUGGACAUUGCAACGCCAAAAUGAGCUCUUAUUGCCUAUAGCCUAUUAUCAUCCUGGAAUUUGUUCUAAUAUAGAGCAAGCAAGGAAGACGAAACAUUAGGAACAUAUUUUGUACAAAUAUUUUAUUAAAAAAAUAUUGGUUCUAGGUAAUAUACUAUUUGAGUAAAUUUGAUUUACCUACAACCCACCCACACUGCUCAUAUAUUGACCGCAGAAAUACAUGCGGGCGUGAUGAAGUAGCGAGGCAUCAUGUGCGUAUAAUAUCGUCGUCGGUCUGACUCGGAAAGGUUUUAAUUUCUAUCGCAUCCUAUAAUGUGAGGCUCGCACCCUGUAAUGUGAGGCAACCGAUCAUUACAUAGCCUACAGAUUCCACGAUUUAUAUUUCAGGCAAAUCACUUGAGUCACUUUGAGUCACGCAUAUGCUUUGGCUAUUAGACAGGAAUGAAUGGAAUGAUGGUUUUCACAUUACAGGGUAUGGAAAUCAGUGCCUUUGAUAUGAAUAUAAAGCUAGUAUAAAUGAAAUACGCGUGCAGUCAAGCAAUGCAUUUUGGAAUGUGAGGGGCGGGGUUGCCUAUACUUGCUUCGAAUUGUGAAAUGCAAUGAUGUGGCUGUUCAUCAUUGGUCUAGCCUACUGGAGAAGAAUUCCCCACAUGUUAAUUUAAU